AUGCGAAUUUUUAUUACUUCAACAGUUGGAAAUUCAACAUCUUAUGUGUUCGAUGUUGAAAAAACAACAACUAUUCGAGAACUUAAAGAGAAAUAUGUUCAAAAGGCUAAACGACAACAAGAUCUUGAAAAAAUACUUCUGGAACUUGAUGGAAUUGAAUUCGGUGAAGAUGAUAAAACACUCUUCGAUUAUAACAUAGAAUCUGAUUCUAUGUUGAAUUUGAUCUAUUAUGAUUUUGUGGGUCGUAAUCCAUGUUUCGGAAGACGCUUCGUUGAUGUUAGCAAUAAUGCAGGUUUAAAAAGAGUAGAAUGGGGAAAAACGGCUCCAGAUUGGAGAAUAGCAUAUCCUGGCUUAUGUUUGGAAGGAAUAUGUAAAAAUAAACAUUGCGUAGCUAACGGUAAUCAAGUCAUUAUGUCCCUGGGCUACAUAGAAUUUGAUGUGGUGGGAGGUCCUAGUCGCGAAACAACAAAAUGUCCAAAGUGUUUCAAAUUUGUUAACCCAAUACUGUGUGGUUUUAACAAUUGUUGGUGGAAAUAUGAGGGUAAAAAACAAUUAGAUGAAUCAGAAGCACCUGAAUUCGUCGAAAAUGAUUGGCAAGAAGCAGAUAAUGCAUAUCAUUAUUUUGAUGAAAAUAAAAGUGGAAUUGUACAUUGGCGGUAUUUAAUAUUGAAAGCCGUAAAAACAAAACCUGUGGAAUGA